CUCCGUUGAUAGUGGUUUCUCUGAUACAUGAAGACCAGUUUCUUGCGGCCGUUAUAGAAGAUAGGGCGCCUCAACGCUGCUUCAUGCAAAGCUCAUGCUGAAUGGAAGUCUUUGACACAGUGUUACCCUUUGCCCGUCAUACCCCUUUCCGCCACGAUUCACACGGGCAAUCUAUGCAAGUUCCUCUAUGAGGAAUAAACUCAACUUUUUCAAUAUGGAUGACGCACUCUCAGAUGCAUGCAUCACCGCAGCUACAUCAAGCCAUCACGCGCAAGAUGAAUUCCCGGAAAGAUCACAUUUCAUGUCUCGCUAUCCUGUUAUGAUGCCACGCGUUUGCUCUCUUUAUCUCAAAGAGUUGUAUAAGAGCCUUACAGGGACGUCGUCGCUCCCUCACGUAUACCUCUCACUACCCUUCAGCAUUCCCGCAUACUUGUACGCCAAGCCAUUCUCAGACAUGGUGGUUGCGUCUCUAGUUCUGUAUUUAACAAACGGCAAGCCAUCGCUGGGUUCGGACCUCUUCAUUGCGCCGCGUGGAACGCAUACUUUUUUUUACUGUGGGAAGUGGCGAUGGCGAGGAACUGCUGGUUUCGGAUGUCACAGUGAGUUCCAUAUUUGUCUUCUUUUGUUGUCCGUAUCUCCU